GGAGCAAGUGGCAAGUUGCCAAACCCAACUUAAAACCAGGUGACAUUGUGCUCGUCAGAGAUUGCCAGUCACAACGCAACGAAUGGUCUUUAAGUCUUGUCACCAAGACGUUCCCAAGCAAGGAUGGGAAGGUUCGUAAGGUUGAGGUCAAGAUCUGUAAGCGAGGAGAGACUAAGUUGUUCCUCAGACCAGUGACUGAACUAUUCUUAUUGUUAUCUGUUUAGAGUUUAAAAUAUGGUACCAGUGAUACCAGACGGGGAGUGUCAUGCCUUCAGCAUUUGCUUUGUGUAGAUCUGAUUACCUUUACUACAGAAAGUUGUAUUAUUGCCCCAUCUGGUGGUCAGUCCCAUCAAUUAAUUUGACCCUCAUAGCCUCUUGUAGCCAGUCUUGCAAUGCAUUCUGGGAUGAAGAAGCUGGGAUCAGCCUUUCUACUUCCCUCAUGGUCCCAGACAGUCAUGCUUUACAUGGGUCCAACUCUCAUAUAGCAUUCGAUGACCCAGGCAUCAUCACCGAGGAUGCCCAGCAGGAACGUGACCAGGAGACCUUCACACUCCACCUGCAGCCCAUCGAUCCGACUCAGCCAACCACGCCGCAGGACAUACCCCAACCACCCCAAACAUCACACAGCCCCCAAUUGAGCACAACACAAGUUGACACACAAAUGGGCCCAGAGUUUUGGAGCCAUUGGUCGUCACAACAGGUGCAAUACUGCGCAAGCCUCAACACCCACAGCCAAUACCUGUCAAGUCUGCCCCAUCAUUUGCCUAGACUGAGUCGCAACUCAGGCAGACUUAUAGUGCAGGUGGGCCGAAUCGCUAACUCCAUGGAACAGAUGAGGGCAGACAACACCCAAAUGCAGUCAAACCUCCAACGCAUCUUGGAUGAUCAGCAGCGGCAGCAACAAUCACUUAUACAGAUCAUACAACACAACCAAAUGAUCAACGACAACCUCUCACGCAUGAUAGCUAACAACACUGCCGCUAACACUCAGCUCACAGCAAGCUUGAACAAUCUAAGCCAAAGCCUUAGUGUGUUGGCAUCACACCAUGCCACAUCUAGUUCUGGGACAAUGACACCAAGCCACACCCCAGUUCAUUCCCCAGUCCGACGCUCAAGUCGAACCCGCACCAACGAGCCAGCACAUUCCUCGGCACCCAGCACACACAAAAAAAAACAUUAAUAAUGUUCGGUCAGAAUAUAUUGACCAUUACAGUGUUUUUUCUUUUAGAUUGGUCUCAAAAAG